CAUGGCAAUCGAAUCAGCCAAAGCCAUUUAGGGUCAUCAAUUGCCAGGGUCGUGGAAAAUCGGCAGCAGGAGCUCCGCACGAAGCCAUAUGCACCGCAGCAUGGAGCGCAGGAGGAGCAGGACCCCGAGGGCUCUGCCAGUCUGCUGGAUUCUGCUGUGCCUGGUGGCCUGGACUUGGGCGGAUGACUGGUCCCUCAGCUGCGCCUCCAACUGCACAUGCAAGUGGACCAACGGCAAGAAGUCGGCCAUCUGCAGCUCCCUGCAGCUGACCACCAUUCCGAACACCCUGAGCACGGAGCUCCAGGUGCUGGUGCUGAACGACAACCACAUCCCGUAUCUCAACCGGGAGGAGUUCUCCACUCUGGGGCUGCUCAAUCUGCAGCGCAUUUACCUCAAGAAGUCCGAGGUGCAGUACAUACACAAGGAGUCGUUUCGCAACCUGAAGAUCCUGGUGGAGAUCGACCUGUCGGACAACAAGCUGGAGAUGCUCGACAAGGACACCUUCAUGGGAAACGAUCGCCUGAGGAUACUCUAUCUGAAUGGGAAUCCUCUCAAGCGGCUGGCGGCCUACCAGUUCCCCAUUCUGCCCCACCUGCGCACCUUGGACAUGCACGACUGCCUGAUCUCGUACAUAGAUCCCAUGUCCCUGGCCAAUCUCAAUCUGCUGGAGUUCCUCAACCUGAAGAACAACCUGCUGGAGAGCCUCAGCGAGUAUGUGUUUCAGCACAUGGCCAACUUGAAGACGCUCUCCCUGGAGGAGAAUCCCUGGCAGUGCAACUGCAAGCUGCGAAAGUUCCGCGGCUGGUAUGUCAACAGCCGCCUGAGUUCCGUGAGUCUGGUGUGCAAGGGUCCGCCUGCCCAGAAGGAUCGCUCCUGGGACAGCGUGGAUGACGAGCUCUUUGGCUGCCCGCCGCGGGUGGAGAUCUUCAACAACGAAGAGGUGCAGAACAUCGAUAUCGGAAGCAAUACCACCUUCAGCUGCCUGGUUUAUGGGGAUCCCUUGCCGGAGGUGGCCUGGGAGCUGAAUGGAAAGAUCUUGGACAAUGACAACGUGCUCUUCGACUCGGAGAGCAUCUCCUCGGACAAGCUGUGGAGCAACCUGACCGUCUUCAACGUGACCAGCCUAGAUGCAGGAACCUAUGCCUGCACGGGCUCGAAUUCCAUCGGCAGUAUGACCCAGAACAUCAGCAUCUACCUCAGCGAGAUCGUUCAGCAUGUGCUGGAGAAGACACCCGAGACCUUCUGGUACUUCGGCCUCAUCAUGGGCAUCUUUGGCACCGUCUUCCUGCUGAUCUCCAUCUCGUUUGUGGUCUGUCUGUGCAAACGCACCACCCGGCAGCAUCGCCAUGCCAACAAGGCGGGCGUGAAGUCCAGUGUUAGCUUCAAUGAUCAGGAGAAGAAACUGCUGGACUCGAGUGUCACCACCACCACCAAUGAUCGAGGUGACAGCUAUGGCAUCGACAACCAGCCCACUUCCAUUGGCAUGAACAAGGCGGACUCGGCCGGAAUGGGCUUCAACCAGAUAGAGAUCCAUGCGGUGGACAGUCAUCGCCACGGGAGUAUGUUGGUGCAGCAACAGCCGCAGCAGCAACAGAUACAAGGAGGUCCUGGAAUGCGACAGCAGCUGAUGCAGGUGAAGGAUCCCACCUGCGGCAUGAUGAGUGUGCCCACCUCGAUGGCUGGCCACACCCACUCGCAUCCCGCCCAGAUCUCCGAGGAGUUCCCGCUGAACGUGGGCGUCUUUCCACCGCCGCCGGAGUUCUGUUCGAACAUAGUCCCGAAUCCCGCUUUCGGGGGCAAUAUCUUCAUCCGGGUAUCGGUCACACAGGACAUGCUGGAUGGCGCGGACUUGAACAUGUAUCCGGAUCUGCUGAACAUUCCCAAGAGGAUGCAGGACGUGCAGGAGAGUGGUGCUGGCACAGUGGCCGUGCCAGAGGGUCAGUUUGCCACUCUGCCGAGACAUACAGCCAGGAGGGGUAUUCUCAAGAAGGACAGCUCCUUGCAGCAACAGCAGCAGCAGCAGCAACAUCAACAGCAGCAGCAGCUCCAGCAGCAACAGCAACUUCAGCAGCAGCACCAGCAACUCCAACAGCAACACCAGCCAUCCGGACUCUACACCCAUGAUGAGAUUGUGACCUACAACCUGGAGGCCAGUGGCUAUGACACCCACCAGUCGGCGUACCACAGCAAUGCCAUGGAGCUGCCGCCACCGCCGCCUCCGCCCGCCGUAACAGCGGUGGUGCAGUGCCACCACCCCAGUCCCAGCAACUGUGCCAGCUGCAUCAACAAUGCACAGCAGCCGCCCUCCGCCUGCCAGACGCCGCCCGUCGAGGUCACGCCCAUGAGGCCGCUGGACAGUUCCGCCUACCCCAAGUACGACAACAUGGGUCGACGGAUCACGGCGAGCGGAGGACUCGGUGGCUCCAACCUAUCCCUGCCCGACGAAGAGCGGUACGAGAACGAGACACUAUUCGGCCAGGCGGAUGGUCAAUCCACGGGAAUUCCCGAGCAGUCGCAGGAUCUUCACCAGCCGCAGGAGGCGACUCAGGGCCAGGACAAGGGCGGCGGUCCUGGCGAGUUCGUGUCGCUCUAGUAUUACGGUACCCAGGUGUAAAUAGGUCAAUAGAUUCGUGUCGUCCCCCACAAACCCUGGAAAAUCCUUGGCAAUCGUUUUGUUCAUAUCAGUUUGAGAAGCGAGUGCUCUAAAUGAAUAUAUGUAUAUGUAGAAACCCACACAAUCUAUUGACUGUAUCACAGAAUCCUGAAGAACUUGAAAACAAAGAGCAAUUCACACAGAAUCAAAAGGAAACUCGGACGGGACUGUUUGGAUUUCAUUUUAAAGGACUAUCGGACGGAUCUUAAAAAAUAUUGAAUACAUAUAUAUAUUAUUUUGUUGUUUAAUAGCAUUUAUUUGUUAUUACUUACUUUGUUUUCACUUAUAUCCUUCUUUAAUAUAUGAUUUUCUUGAUAUUAAAAUCGAA